AUGGCAUCGCCGAUCACAGCGAAAGCUCUUCUCCUUCUUCUAGCAGUGGCGCUGCUUCUCAUUCCGGGACAUGGAUCCCUUGGAGGAGGGCCUCGCCGAUUCCUUCUCUCCAACGUCUCCAGCGAGAGCACCGAGGAGCAGGAGAUGGACAUGCUCGGGGAGCUCCAGAGCGCGAUCAACGCCUCCAUGGUGGAGCUCCAGCAAGCCACUUCCUCGAUCUCCUUGGACUCGCUCGAGGCCUCCCAAAACCAGCUGGCCAGCGCCAUGUCCAUAGUGAACACGGUCGACCAGCUCCUCUACAGCACCCUGAAAUCUUCAAACUCGUCCACCGUCUCCUCGGCAAAGCCUCCCACGUCCUCGGUCUCUUACGGCCUAUCUUCCAUCGCGGAAGCUCCAGAGGCGCGAGAGGGGAGCGAUAGCGGCAGCGAUGGCAGCAGUGGCGGCGGGCUUGGAGGACCUGGUGGCCCGGGUGGCCCGGGCGGUGGACCUGGUGGACCGGGACCCAAUGGCCCCGGGGGACCGGGAGGCCGCCCGGGCGGCCAGAGCGGUCAACCCAGCGGUCAGCAGCAAUUGACCAUCCUGGGAGACGUCCAGAGCGCGCUCAACAGCAGCAGUCAACUAGUGUCGUGCAUGCUUGCCGCCAGUCAAGUCCAGCAGCAGCUCGCAGACGCGGUCAACACGCUCGCCACGCUCGAGAGCGAGGUCACCGGCGGUGGAGGACCAUAG